CCUGGGCGGUCGCACCAAAGGGCUAAACUUGCUGCAAAGGGCUGCCCAGCACCCGCGUUCACCGAAGGACGAUGUCGCCCGAGGAACUCGACGACGAGAUGGAGGCGCUCCAGCCGGCGCGCGCGAACCGCGGCCGCGCCGUCGUCGUGGGAGCCGCUUUGCUGUCCUCUGCGCUGUUCGCCGUGAGCGCCAAGCAAUCCACACAAACGCGCGCCCGUAUUAAUGUGGAGAUGGCCCGGAAAGCCGUGCGCGAGCAGCAGGACGUGACCAAGGACCUCUACGUCCCUACAACCGAGGCGGACACGUCCCAUUCGUCGGACCCGCGAGUAGACCCUUGCCUGCCCGAUUCGUCGGCGCCCAUCACGAAGUUUCCUUCAUUGAUCCAACUCGCGGCGGGCUACAGCGCGGAGGGCGUGCCCUACGGCGGCGUGCUCUUUAGCGACCGCGGGCAGUACGCCGAGCUGCACGGCGGUACUGAUUAUGACCUCCAGGGCAUGCGGACGAACGUCAUCGCGAAGUACGACGAGCUCUUGGCCAACUGUCUCACGUCGAAAGGCGCGCGCGCGGCCGACGUCUGCGAGCACGUCUACGACACGCAGUGCGAACUCGACCGGAGCGACGACGAGAAGAAGGGCCAGGUGUCGUGCGUCGAGGAUUGCGUGAAUUCGCGGUUCGCGCAGUUCGUCGAGAGCGAGGGCAUCGUCGAGGACGCGUCGACGUGCGCCUACCCCGUGCUCAGCGGGUUCCUGCUGGCGCCGAACGUCAUCAAGAGCUGCAUCGACCCGGCCUACGACGCGACGGAGGGGGGGAAGCACGCGUCGUCCAUCGCGGGCUGCUACGACUGCGUGACGACGUGCCUGGCCGGGGACCACUUCUCGUUUAUCUGCUCAGCUGAGACUCCUAAAUACCUGUAUUAG